CUUUUUCGUGGUAUAAAUCAUGAUGAUUCACAGGUCAAAUCUAUUAAAAAAGACCGUACAAAUUUAACCGAAAAGGUAAGAAUACAAUAAAUUUUCCACAAUGUACAACCAUACAAAGCGAUUUGCUUCUGGAAAUAGCCAUUUUUCAUCUGGCGCCAACAUUUAUUCUUGUCAAUUAGCUGCAAAUAAUUCAAUUUAAACGUGCAUGACCUCCGCUUAGAUACACUAGAUUCUAACUCCAUAACCUUUCAAAAAGACAUUUAUACCCCUGCAACUCUUCCGUUUGUACCUACCCUUUCCUCAUAAAAGCCAUGUCCUUUUCCGUCAUAUUAAAAAACUCUGCUACCCUUUUACCUCUCCCUAACUCCGACCACCAUAACUGCAGUUUGAGCUUCAGAGAGGAACCAUGGACCCUCAUAGCUUCAUAGCACGGGCGGAGGCACAACGGUGGCUCGGAAUCGCCGAGAAACUGCUCAUGGGUCACGACCUUGUAGGAUCCAAGACAUUUGCGAUCCGAGCACGAGAAUCCGACCCGAGACUUGAAGCUGCUGAUCAGAUCCUAGCAAUUGCAGAUACGCUCCUCGCCGCCGAGAAACGAGUCGCCGGAAGCCAUGGCACUCAGCAGCCGGAUUAUUACGCGAUUCUUCAACUCGUUAGGUUUGUUCAGGACACGGAACACAUCGCCGAUCAGUACCGACGGCUUGCUGUAACAUUAAACCCUCAUCAAAACCGGUUUCCGUACUCCGAUCAAGCGUUUCAGCUUGUGAAUGAUGCUUGGGCUGUGUUGUCGAAUCCUUUACGGAAGUCUAUGUAUGAUUCGGAGCUUGAUUUUCCACAACAGCAGGAGAUGAAUCAUAUAGGGUUUAACCUCGAACACCAUCACCACCAGCAACAGCAACAGCAACAUCAACACCAGCAGCAGCAUCAACAUAAUUUUUUUUCGAUCAAUCGUAUGGGGUCAGGUAAUGAACAGGAAUUGGUCGAACAACAACGGACAUUUCUUCAAACUAGGGUACAGCGGAGUCAUCAACAGCACAAUUUUAUGUCACAAUCGAAUCCUGUUAGGCCAUCGCCGGUGCGUGAGCAGGAGCAAUUGUUUCAGCAACGCGAGGAGGAAGAGCUGUUUCAGCCUCAGGUACAACCGUUUCAAAUUACGUCAACGCCGCAGCAACAAUUACGACCACCGUCACAACCUCCUCAGCCGCAGCUACCUACGCGAGCGUCGACGCCGCCUCCUCCUCCUGCAGCAUCGACACAACCUCCGGUGUCUUGGCCACAACCGCCACAGCAUUCACAACCGCAUCCACCUAUGCAGUCGACGACUCCGUCUCCGCCUCCGCCUCCUGCAGCAUCGCCACAACCUCCAGUGUCUUGGCCACAACCGCCACCGCAUUCACAACCGCAACCACCUAUGCAGUCGACGACUCCGUCUCCGCCUCCGCCUCCUCCUCCUGCAGAAUCGCCACAGCCCCCAAUGCCUUGGCCACAACCGGUACCACAUUCACAACCGCAGCCACAUAUUCGAUCGAGGUCUCCGCCGCCUCCUCCUCCUGAAGCACCGCUGCAACCCCCAGUGUCUUGGCCACAACCGCCACCCCAUUCACAGACGCCUUUACAAACACAGCCACAAUCACAACCGCAGCAGGAACAACAUCAUCAGCAACAAGAUUCGCUGGAACAGAAUGCUACCCCUGUCCAGCCUCCUACUCAUUCUGAUACGAACAAUAGUGUCAGCGAGGAAGAAAAAGAAACAGUAACCGAGUCAGAUUCUGAGAACAUCGAUUCAUCAUCUCCUACAUUUUGGACUGCGUGUCCUUACUGUCUAUACAUGUACGAAUACCCUAGGGUUUACGCAGAGUGCACCCUCCGUUGUCGCAACUGCGAAAGAGCGUUUCAAGCAGUUCCAGUCCCCUCUCCUCCACCCAUAAUCGAAGGCCAAGAAGCCUAUUUCUGUUGUUGGGGGUCCUUCCCAUUAGGGAUUUCGAUAUCAAACCUCGAGAACAACAAUGGCAAAGGCACAAACAAAUAUUGGACAUCCAUUUCACCUCUCUACGAUGUCUCACCUCAAGUUCAUCACAAUCUAAACGAUAGUUCGCCAAAGAAAAGAAGAAAUUCGGAACCACGUAUCUACAUAGAUGAUGUUACAGAUGAUAUCUUUACAGGUAUCUCAGAACCUAGCGACGAUUCUGAUCUUGAUUGGAAGGGCACCGAUAACAAAAAGGUGAAAAAGAUGAAGAAGAGAGGUCGUAAAAGGAAAGCAAAAGGUGUACAUGUUAAGAAGACUAGAAAAAGGAGGAAAAAGAUUCUUCAAAACAGUGUAGAGAGUAGCAAAAAGGAAGUGGUUAGUAAUAGUAACCCAAGAAGACAAUCGGGUCGGGUUGCAAAAGAAAUGGGGAAGUUGGAUUUGAAUGUUGAGUUUAAUAACAAUGAAGGGGAAGAAUCUGGUUCAAAGAUGAUUGGUGGGAAUCGAGGUCAAGGGCAGGGUGAAGAAGAUAACAUUGAAGGUAAUGGAUUUUUUGAAGGGCUUGAUGAGUUUUUAAGCAGUUUGCCAAUACUUUCUGUUGUGAAUGAAGAAAAGGACAAGGCUUCUUAGAUCUUAGUGAUAUGAGGUAAGUAGUUUUCUACCUUUCUUAAUGUUAUGAAUACUCAAAGUUUCCAUCUUUAACUUUUUCUGCUUCAUAUAUGUAAAAAUUUUAAAAAUUAUAUGAAGUUGGAUUGUUCUAUGGAA